GCCAAACAAAGCUGCACAGCUCACACCACUUAAGCCUAUACAUCGCCCACGAUGCACUCCAUGAAGUACGUGCCACUUUCCGUUUAUCAUCGCUGCAAUGUCGACAUUCGUCCUGGUUGCAUAAUGCACAUAUCCACUCAACACGCCCGAUCUCCGAUCUCAAAAUACGAUGUCUUGUAGCAUAAGCCUGCCACAGUUGUGGAAGUUGGCCACAGAGGGUGGCUCGUUUUUUCUAACCAAGCGUAUAAGAAACAUGCAUCACCCUGCUAUGUGGCAUAUCGAAACUCGCUUUCCUCUCACUCUACCCUCAUCUCUUCCCGAUCAUGACCGAAGCAGACGCCGUUACUUUGGUUAGAGAUAAUGCCGCUAAGAAUUUCUCGUGGUACAUUUCGCCGGGAAGGCCCAUGAUCUCCGUUAGGUCCGAAUCGAGCUUUGCCUCUCGAGCAUGGAUGCCACCGAGGCCGGCAAACACAUCAACCGAGGAGCAAUCACCAAAACACCUAGCCAACUGGCAUCUUCUGGGUAUUAGACUAACGAGACCAACAUUGAAUCAAUGCCUACAGUCUUAUUUCCGUAGGAUGCAACACGUUAUGACCCGAAUAUGCCAUCCUUUGUCCAUCCACAAUGAAGCCUGCUCGAUCCUACAUUCAGCGAAGAACGCCGGAUUCAUUGAACCGAGGUUAUUGGCCGAGGGACUAUUCAUCGCCGGAGCUGCUCAACUGCAGUACACCCGGACUGUGGCACUGCUUAUACAUGAUGUUCUCAUAGAACUCAAUAUGACCGACUGGCGUGUCAUGCACGCUGUGGGAGUGCAUCUCGAAGAAUUUGCGACGUCGACUCUAGUCAACGUUUUUCAUAAUUUUUCGGGGGAUUUCAAAAAGGCUAACGACACACUUGAGUCUCUUCGAGACCAACAGUUCAAUGCAGCAGCUUUAUAUGGCGAUCUUGUUUCGUUUGGCAUUAUCCCUCACAAUCUAUUUGUUUCCGUCAUAAACAGCUUCUUGGACGACAUAUCAUCGAUAUCCCAGUAUCGCGUCAUUUAUCUCCUGAUACUCCGAGCAAUAUUCCAAGAUGUAUUCCCUAUACAUCCUGACUUGUUGCUCUUUCCACUGCAAAUCAAGCUGCGUUUCGAUGACGAGAUGAUCCAGAGGUGGAUUAUUGUAAGUAGUUAUACUGUCGUUUUGCUUGAUGUUAAUAUACUCGUUACUGUGACCAGGAAAUCUGCAACUUGACAGACAGGGUCUGUACGAUUUAAUCCAAAUUCAAAUCCGGAGGGCGGGAGAGAUGUACACGAUGAUGUGUUAAUGUAGACUUGGUCUGUGGUAAUUCAAGUUCUUAUACCCAGCCUCAGAAUGUGAACGUAGUGAACUUGUGAAGGAACGCGGGAGGUCACGGGAUUUCCAUCUUGGG